AGCACGUUUUAGUGGUUUAUCUGGUACAACACACUUGAUUCACUGGUUGAAUCACCUGUACGGCAGCUCAUCAGGCUCUACAGAAGCCUGUUAAUCACCCACUAAUUGAAAUCAGGUGUGUUAAAGCAGGGUUGAAAUGAAAAUGUGCUGGAUACCGACCCUCAAGUCCCAGAAUUGAAUAGCCUUGGCUUAAGGUUACGUUUUCUACAUUGUGAAGGAAGACAGCUCAUGUGAAACUAUGUGCACCUCUUAUCCUGAGCUUAUUAUUAGCCUCUGUUCAACUGGUGAAGCAUCUAAAGGGGCACAGGCUAUGCAUAACCGAUGGAGCCGAGUCAAUAAGUAAACCAAAAACACUGACCAAUGAGAAGACUUCUGCAGCUUGCUGUCUAAAUCUCCCGUCCAGUUCGUGGUAAUGGGAGGUAACUGUACGCUGAGUUCUAAAAAUCUGAAAGUACAGUUGUCGUGAUGUCUCAGGCUAGGUUUGUACUUUCUCUGCUGCUCGUGCUCUUGGCUGUCAGAUGUGUUGCAGAGGAGGUGACUGGGAGUAAGGGCUGUGUGUGUGGAUACCCGGGUAUACCAGGGGAUCCCGGUCACAACGGUACGCCUGGCAGAGAUGGCCGAGAUGGACUCAGGGGUGACAAAGGGGAUCAGGGUGAAGUUGGCCCAGCAGGAACAGCUGGUAAUAAUGGCCUCAAGGGAGACAAAGGAGACACUGGUGCAACUGGCUUACUAGGGCCAAAAGGAAAGAGGGGAGAUAAUGGAGAACGGGGACCUCCGGGGAAAAUGGGACCACAAGGUGUGCAAGGGCCUAUUGGCCUGAAAGGAGAUAAGGGGGAGCUGGGACUACCAGGACCACAAGGACCUACUGGAGAUCUGGGGCCUCCUGGACCAGAAGGCCCAAAGGGGGAGAUCGGUCUUCGAGGUGACAGAGGUAUUCAGGGACCUUUAGGACCCCCUGGCAAGCAAGGCCCUAAGGGAGAUAUUGGUGUUCCAGGCUACAAAGGAAGCAUUGGUUACCGUGGAGAACGAGGGGCUCGAGGAGAGAAGGGCGACUCGGGUGACAAGGGAGAAUCACCUGUCAUCCCCAAAAGCGCCUUUUCUGUGGGGCUCACGGCACAAACUAAACUUCCAGCAGCCAACACGCCGAUCCGGUUCAGCAAGAUCAUUUACAACUUGCAAAAUCACUACGACCCACAAACAGGGAGAUUCACCUGCUCUGUGGCAGGAGCCUACUACUUCACCUACCACAUCACCGUCUUCUCCAGGAACGUGAAAGUAGCUCUGGUGAAGAAUGGGGCUCGAAUCAUCCACACCACGGAUAACUACCAGAACAGUGAGGAUCAGGCUGCAGGGGGCGCUGUGCUGCACCUGGAGGUGGGGGACAGGGUGUGGCUUCAGGUGGCUGGGGGAGAACUCUCCAAUGGACUCUUUGCUGAUGAAGAUGAUGACACAACCUUCUCUGGGUUCAUUAUCUUUGGAGCUGAGUAAAGGCUCAAUAAUUAUUAGCAUCUUAGAAAAAUGCUACAAUUAUUGAAGAAAAAAUGUUUUCUGUUUCAGAAAUAGUUUCAGCCCCAUGGUGCUCACUGAACCCAGCAGGGCACCAUCGCUGCAAAGACAAACUAAAUGCAUGAUUCAUUUGUGGGUUUGCAAAUAUGAAGAGAGAUAAGUCACAUUCUCUUUAAAGGCAGUUUGACAAAGGAAGCCAAUACAAUGCUUUUCAGACAAUGCAGUGAAUCAGUUUGUUUAUAGGAGAUAACAUAAACCUACAAGGAACAGAACACGCUGCUCAUGCUGCUUUGGGCAGGAGUGAUUGUGAGCACGAUCAUGUCAGAUGUGAAAUGUUAUUUGAUCAAAUGAAAAGGAAAUAUUCAAAGACUCAAUCUGGACUGUAACCUUCGUCUUCCUUGUUUGGUGUCUUACAGUAAAGAGCAUUUAGUCACCUUUU